AUGGCGUAUAGCUGUGACAGUAUUAUCGACGCUGUCGCCCCUCGAAACCUGAAGACUGAAGAUCUCGACGAUAUGAGAUCUCAAGGCCAACACAUCUCCGAUCGUUUGACGGUGGAAGUUGAUUGUCACUCUAUGGGCCCUAAUGACUGCCCCUCGAUGACCUCGAGCUUCUCUCCUUUGGAAUCUCCGACACCUACCCCGACCAGUCUUUACAGCCAUCAAUCAAUGGCCUCACCCGGAUGGCACGAGGCUGUUCAAUACAACAGCUUGCCAAUGGAACGUCGUACGUCGGCGACUCCUUUGCGUAGCGCUUUCAGAAUGGCCGACUUGACAUCAGGCGAGAUGGGCAUGCCCUGUGGACCAAUGGACCGUCCGGAUCAGCUGCCAAUUGCCGAAUACUUCCCCGGCUAUGAUGAGAACGUGGAACAGUUCCUGCUCCCGGACAACAUGCCAAAGACCUUCGAACAACCCACUUUCCCUUAUCAGGCGCAAAUGCCGCAGUACAACACCAUGGGCCGAAACUAUCACUAUCGCCAGCAGCAGACUAAUUUCCUGCCUGAGUCUGCAUCCAACCCAUGUCUGUCCCGUCCUAUCUUCAACCAGCCCGAGCGCAUGCCCAAUUCUGCCUCCAUGUCCAACAUGCUCCACUGGAUGCCAUCCAACGAGUCUUUGCAAACCAUGAACCCGUCCCAGGUCUUCCCUCACCCAGGACCUCAGACGCCACCUUCAUCUUCGUACUCCGAAUUUCCUACCAAUCUGCACAGUUUCAAGCCCCACACACCAUCAACUCCAGUACGCUCUUAUUCCGGCACUCCUGGCUCUGACACACCUAUGAGCCGUCUUUCCGGUCACAAUGACUACCAGGAUGACUUCCCUGUCUCUCCCGGAUAUCGGGAUGGUCUGAUGCGCAGCCACACGCACCGUCAGCCUUCUCGCAAAUCUUCCAAAAAGCAAUUGACCCGUUCCAACCUGAGCUUGGAAAACCUACCUCCCAUUAUCAAGCAGGUUCAGUUCAAGUGUAAGGAGCCGGGAUGCAAAGGUCGAUUCAAGCGCCAGGAGCACCUCAAGCGACACAUGAAGAGCCACUCCAAGGAGAAGCCCCAUGUGUGCUGGGUUCCAGGCUGUCAUCGUGCCUUCUCCCGCAGCGACAACCUCAACGCUCACUACACCAAAACCCACAGCAAGCGCGGUGGCCGUAAUCGCUACGUUGCUACUUUGGACGAUCAAAGUGCCGACUUCAACCCGGAAUUUCGUGGACAGCUCACACCUGAUGGACGGCCUAUCUAUGGAUCCAAAUUGGAGGAUCCAAUGAUGGAUUGUGGUGACAUCAGCGUUGACGGCUGGGAUGAUUAG